AUAUUUUAAUAUUUUUAUACAAUUGUACUUAUUAAAAUGAUUGAAUUAAACGUGAAUCGAAAGUAUUACUUAAAGUUUAACCAUUCGUUGUGAAAAUAGCUUGAAGCAAACUAUUUAAAUUAUGAUUGUAAAAAGGCGAAGCAUAAAAUUAACUCGAAUAAGAAGCAAGGUAAUCCACAGGACUACCAAACUGCAGGUGACCGUGCCGCAGGAUGGUGCACCUUGAAAUGACAGGUGUUGAAACAUGCAGCCAGUUAACUAUAAAUGAUCUGCCCAACGAAUUACUCAUAUACAUAUUUUCUAUGAUUGACUUUGAAUCAUUGCUGGCCGUUGCUAAAGUCUGUGUAAGGUGGCAGCAACUCUGCCUCACACCAUGCAUCUGGGACAACACACGCCUUAUUGUGUGUAUGAAGAACUACAUAAAGAUAAGUGAAAACAUUGUGCCUUUUGUUGCUAAGUAUUUGAAAAAUGUUAAAUUACAGUAUUUCAAAUUAUAUUCCCAAGUGAGAGCUUCCUUAAUAAGCUAUUGCCCCAAUUUAACUCAUUUAGAAAUAAGCAUAUCUCAAGUUGAUAGUUGCAUUUUUGAAGAUCUUGGUCAUUGGCCAAACUUAAAAUUUUUAAGUUUUCGCAAUUCAUUAAUAGUUCAAAGUCCAGAAAAUGCAAAUGGAAAUUUUGUAUAUCACUUACCAUUUGACAAAUUGAAGUACCUGGAAACAUUAAUUCUUUCGAAUUUUGCUCUUACACAAAACAGUCUAUACAGCAUGUUACAGUGCAUAAACCUUGUCAGUAUUAACAUGGAGAAAAUGAAAAACAUCCCAGCAGAUUUUUUGGAAUCGUUGCUCAGAACUAAACAGUCCACCUUGCAAGCAUUAUAUAUUUACGGUGAUACCCUAAACGAUAACAUAAUGUGUUAUAUUGCGAAUUGUAAAUGUCUACAUAUUCUACAUAUCAUGACAUGUAAAACAUUGUUUGACUCAAGUCUAGUGCAUCUGUACCGCCUUAAAAAUUUACAAUCGUUAAAAUUACGUCAUGGUUAUUUCUCAACAACAGCACUGCUUGCAUAUUUUUCGAAUAAUAUAUUUCAAAAACUUACAUACCUUAGUCUUUCUAGAUGUGUACAUGUUACGAUGCAAGUUGCAAAAGUUAUAAAGAUAAGUGCACCAAAUCUAAGAGAGUUAUCAUUCUACCUCUGCCCAUUUAUAAUUGCUCCGGAUUUCAAUCGGACAGAAUUAGAAAAAAUGUUUAAAAUUCAAUUGUUGCUAGAUUAAAUUUCACAAAAUAUUUAUUUAUAUAGAUAAUAGCAGCUAACACAUCCGUCCACUCCUUUUUUAGGAUCCUAUCAAUUUUACACAAAUUCCAAAGUUGUAAUAAUGA